CACCUUGGAGAAAUACACUGUGAGUCAAUUAUAGUGGUAGCAUUGAUAGUGUAUUAGGUUAAUUAAAAACGCAAUCAACAAACACACAAUUUGUAGCAUUUUGUUCGGGUCAUGAUACAGGAUCCGUUACAUAUUCCAUGAUGGACACUGAAACUGUGCACUUCCCACUUUGCAGUGGUCAGUGUCCAGGCGAGCAGUGCACAGUGAGGCAGACAGGGGCAGACAGGGGCAGUCAUGCAUGUGGACUCUGGCUUUGUCAUCUAUGUGCUGAUAUUUGUAACUGAAGCAUUAUGGAGGGGCGUGCAUGCAGUCUCCCCUGUCCCCUCAGUCCCACAGCGGGUCCCUGCCCUGGCCGGCUCUUGUGUGAUCAUCCCCUGCUCUUUUACCCCCUCUGCCCCUUCUCUGACCAUGAGGAAGCAACGCAUGGACGUCCGGAUCCGCUUCAGAGGAGGAGGGCACCUUUUCCCCCUGCGCAGCACUGCCUUCAACAGUGAGGACAGGGACCAGGUGAGCAGGGACUUCCAGGGCCGCUCCUCCCUGGUGGGGCAGACCUCAGAGGGGGACUGCUCGGUGAGGAUCAGCAGGGUGAACCAGGACGACUCGCGGGUGUUUGAAAUCGCUCUAAAACGAGGAGGGGAUCUGCUCUGGGGAAAGCCGAGCACUUUCAAUCUGGACGUUACAGAUCAGCCUGCCUCCCCCAUCAUCAGUGGGAUUUGGGCUUUCACAGAAGGACAGCUGGUGACUCUGAACUGCUCCGUGGAGUUCUCGUGCCCGUCCAAGCCUCCGUCUCUGAUCUGGAGCUGGGACAGAGGGGCCCAGCUGAACAGCAGCGAACCCGGGGGACAGAUCACUCACUUCCCCCAGCCACACUGCGCCCUGCUUGUGUCCACGCUGACUUUCACAGCCACGCACACGGUCCAGCCCCGAGUCCGCUGUGAGGCCAGAUACCCGGGGGGAAAGAGCACAUUAGCUCUCAAGGAUCUGCAUGUGACCUUCUCCCCCAAAGACGUCCGGGUGCAGGUGCAGACGUUGUCAGUUCACGAGGGUGGCACUGCACUGGUGUCCUGCUCCUGUAAAGCUGACCCCCCUGCCUCAGAGUACCGCUGGUCCUACAUCCAACAUGGCCACCUGGUCCACCUGCUCCAGAGGACCCACACAGUCCGCCUGCACAACGUCACCCGGGACAUGAGGGUCCACUGCUCUGCGCUCAACCUCAUUGGAAGAGGAGAGUCUCUGCCUCUGCUGCUCAAUGUACAAUAUAAGCCCGCCAUCCUGGAGCAGUCUUCUUUUUGUGUUUGGGACGGCGUGGAGGUCAAAUGUCACUGCACAGUCCAAUCGAAGCCACCACCUUCCAUCACCUGGAGCGUCAAUGGGAGCGUGCCACCAGAGAAUUACAACUUUUCAUUCACAAGUCACUCCCACACUAUAAAAGCCACUAUGAGGGGACCCAUGGACAGCAAGAUAACAGUGGUCUGCUAUGCCGUGAAUGCGCUGGGAAAUGACUCUGCACUGUUGCUGCAGGAAGGAGCAGACUUCCCUCUACUGUGGUUUAUCCUCCCAGCUGUGGCAAUCUUCCUCAUGGUCCUCAUCAUUUCCAUUGGCCUUUGUUUUUGUUGCUUCAGAAAAAGAACCAGAAAACGUAUGCUGCGCCACCAUCUAGCUGCAUAUCCUGAAAACCUUGGCAUUUAUCAGGACAGGAUGCCUCUCUAUAUUAACUGCACUGAAGUGACUCAUAUUUACACAAACGGCAGCUAUCAAGUUGUGUACCAGAAUUCCACACCUUGUUUUGUUCAAACUAAGCAGGUUCGUCCAAUGGGCAGACGAGGAGGGGAGAGACGCAGAGGAGCAGAGCGUGGAGUGAGAGAAAGACAAUCCAAUUUACAAACCAGACAGAUAGUCCAGAAUACUGCAGUGGCUGAUGCUGAUACUGCCAUAUACUUGGAGAUACUCUGAACUGAACUAUGGCUGAAGCUCAUUUAUAAAUAGACUUUGGAACAGCUUAAAGGCUUGCCUGUCAGCAUUUUUUCAUGUUUAUUUCAUAUCCCUUUUUCUGUAUAAUGCCAACAUUGUUUUAAUAAAAUGAUGAAUGUAGGUUAAU